AUGUGUAGUUACCUAUCAAUUCCCCUCACUUCUCUUCAGCAUUUUUUCUCCAUUACUACUACUACUACUACUACUACUACUACUACUACUACUACUACUACUACUACUACUACUACUACUACUACUACUACUACUACUACUACUACUACUACUACUACUACUAUUACUACUACUACUACUGUGGUGAGAGCUGUCUACUAG